AUGUUAUUUAUCUAAUCUUUAGUUUUUUUUUUUUUUUUGUAUCUCUCAAGCCUUUGUAAACAAAAGAUAAAUGUUUUUUUGUUAUAAAAUAUAAAAUAUUAAAUUUUUUAAACAUUUUUAAAAAUAUACUUGUGAUUUACACAGUUUUGAAUAUAGAAAUUAAAAAUGGAUAAACGAAAGAAACGAACAUCCAUAAAUCAAUAUCUAAUGUAUAUUGAAUUGCUUGAAAAGGAUCCAAUUUUUCGUUCUGGAACAACACCACGCGACGCUGAACCCAAUUGCUUAAAUAAUAAAUGGAAAGAUUUAUCGGCACGAUUAAACACCUGCCAAAAUGGACCACAACUUUCACCCGAAGAAUGGAAAAAGCGCCUAAAUGAUUGGAAAAAUAGUACUCGCUGCAAAUACCGUCGGAGUAUAUCGGGUGAAAAAGAUAUCUCGAUGUCACCACUCGAGGUUAAAGCACUUAGUUUGUUUGGGAAGACACCAGUUCUGGUGCGUUCUUCCCAAACAAUAGAGUUCAAGUCCGAAGCCAAGGAAUUGUACGAGGCUGAAAAGAAACAUCAAGCGGCUGCCAAAUCACGAGUUGUGAACAAUCAGCCAGAGAAUAACACAUCACUAGACGAAGAUCUUGAAGGUAUAUUCAUCGAUGAUGAGGAAUACAAUGAAGACGAAUCUGUGGAAGAAGUCGAGAUUAAGGAAAGAAAAGUUGAAGCAACAAAUGGUGGUAUUCCUAAGACCAAAAGGCGUCGCACUAUUGAAACAACAGUUUAUGAAAUUAAAUCAUUUUCACCGAAAAAUGUAUUGACAAGUACGCCACACACAUUGGCUAUUAGUUCAGUAGAGAGCAAUUGCAACAUGACACCUGCUGCAACCGAUCAGCCUCCACCAGCACCAUCCCCACCAAUCCAACAAUCUGUUGAAAUACAUCCUUCUCCCGUCCAGCCACAAAUUAAUUUCGACACAAGUGCGUUAGAAUUCCAAUUGAAACGCAUUGCGGACAUUAAAGCAGAGAAAUUAAAGUUUGAAAUUGCAAAGUAUAAGUUCAAUAAUCCAGGAUUUGAUUACCCCACUGACUUUUUAUAGUACAACAAUAAUAAGAACAACAAAAAGAAAAAAGUAUCAUUUCAUUAAGUUUUUUUUUUUAAUAACCCAUAAUGUUAGCAUGAUUUGAUUAUGAACACGCUUUUGCGACGAAUCGUUAGUUAAGUGUCUAGGACAAUAGGUUUCGAACAUAUUAUACAUAUUUGCAUUUUUAUUGUUUAAACAAAAAAUUGUAUUUUUAUUCCUUUAUAACGAAUAUUAUUUGUAUUUUUUUAAGAUUUGUAACUUUUAAAGUAAUUUUGAUUUAAAAUGGUGUUUCAGCAGCAUCCCAUAGAAGAGAGAACUGAUCAAACGGAUAUGUGGCAACUGGUAUUGAAGAGAUUUAAGUUGACCGUUUUUUAAUUAUUUUUUUUUUUCUUCCAACUAUUUUAAGUUAGUUGAGUUGUUGAAUAUCGAAUAAAAAAAGACAUUUAUAGUGUAA